AUGUAUCUUCGUACAGUUCAUGCAGAGGGAAACCUCGCCAUUCUCCAGGAAUUCGUCAAACAGAACCCUUUGGGAAUUCUUAACACUGCCCUCAAGUCCACGGUUUACCCGUUCAUUCAAUCUAGUCAUAUUCCGUUUGUGUUCAAUGUUGAUACAAGUGCAACGGGGCACGAAGACAACCAGCAGGGUUAUGGGGUUCUACGAGGUCAUAUCGCCAAACAAAAUCCGCAGGCAAAGGUCUUAAUCGAAACGCUGGCUGCUACACAGACUGAGCUUGGGGAUGAAACUAUCAGAGAACUUCCAGAAGACGUGCUGGUGCUAUUCAAUGGACCUCAUCAUCACUACGUGACGCCCAAAUUCUACGUUGAAACUAAACCCACCACGGGUAAGGUUGUGCCAACAUGGAAUUAUUCUGCCGUUCAAGUCUACGGUAAAGUGGAGGACUUGAGUAGACAAGCAGAAACAUCCAUUAUGGGAUACACGGGGGGAGGCAAUCUUUCCCCCUGGGAGGUUUCUGACGCGCCUGUGUCUUAUAUUGACAUCCUCAAGAAGAAUAUUAUUGGAAUUGAAAUCCGAAUUCAUCGAAUGGAAGGAAAAUUCAAGUUGAGUCAAGAAAUGGGUAAAGGAGACAGAGAAGGUGUCAUUCAGGGAUUCGACAAUUUGAACAGUGACGUUGGAAGGAACAUGGCGGAGAUGGUGAAGGACCGUGGGAAUAAGAAGGACGAGGGAGCUUGA